UGUUGCAGUCAACAUGGCAACAGGAGUAGCGGCAUGGCUUCCUUUCGCCCGGGCAGCUGCUAUUGGCUGGAUGCCUGUGGCCAACUGCCCCAUGCCCGCCGCACCCAGAGAACAGACUAAGAAACAGGAUGAGCUGAUCAUCUUGAAUGUCAGUGGUCGUCGCUUUCAGACCUGGAGAACCACGCUGGACCGUUAUCCUGACACUCUACUCGGCAGCACCGAGAAAGAAUUCUUCUAUAACGAAGAGACAAAGGAGUAUUUCUUUGAUCGUGACCCUGACGCCUUCCGCAGUGUGCUCAACUUUUAUCGUACUGGUAAGCUCCACUAUCCUCGACACGAGUGCAUCUCGGCCUAUGAUGAGGAACUUGCCUUCUUUGGGAUCAUCCCAGAGAUCAUUGGCGACUGUUGUUAUGAAGAGUACAAGGAUCGCAAACGGGAAAACGCUGAGCGCCUCAUGGAUGACCAGGAGGAAAACAAAGAAGGCAAGCUGCCUAGUCUGAACUUCCGUGAAACUAUGUGGAGAGCCUUUGAAAACCCACAUACCAGCACUAUGGCGCUGGUGUUCUACUACGUCACUGGCUUCUUCAUUGCUGUUUCGGUUAUCACCAAUGUAGUAGAAACUGUCCCUUGUGGCGCCACACCAAGUCACAAAGAUGUCCCGUGCGGUGAACGCUACACCGUGGCCUUCUUCUGCAUGGACACAGCAUGCGUGAUGAUCUUCACAGUGGAGUACCUGCUGCGCCUUUUUGCUGCACCUAGUCGUUACCGCUUCAUGCGCUCGGUUAUGAGUAUCAUCGAUGUUGUGGCCAUUUUGCCCUACUACAUUGGCCUGGUCAUGACCGACAAUGAAGAUGUGAGCGGCGCCUUUGUCACGUUGCGUGUUUUCCGCGUUUUCCGCAUCUUCAAGUUCUCACGCCAUUCCCAGGGCCUUCGCAUCCUGGGAUACACACUUAAGAGCUGUGCCUCAGAGCUCGGCUUCCUUCUGUUCUCCCUUACGAUGGCCAUCAUCAUCUUUGCCACAGUUAUGUUCUACGCUGAGAAGGGAUCAAGCUCAAGCAAGUUCACUAGCAUUCCAGCAUCUUUCUGGUACACAAUUGUCACAAUGACUACGCUGGGCUAUGGAGACAUGGUGCCUAAGACGAUCGCCGGGAAGAUUUUCGGCUCCAUCUGCUCCCUGAGCGGGGUUCUGGUAAUAGCCUUGCCUGUGCCUGUCAUCGUGUCCAACUUUAGCCGAAUCUAUCACCAGAACCAGAGAGCUGAUAAGCGGCGUGCUCAGAAGGUACAGAAAACCCGUCUGGCCCGGAUAAGAAUAGCCAAGAAGGGCAUCUCCAGUGCGUACCUGCAGAGCAAACACAAUGGCCGCAUGAACGAACUUCUGGAUCUCACCGGCUCAGAAGAAGAGGAGCAGCACAUGAAUAAGACCCCAUCGUUAUUAGAGAGCCAACAUCACCACCUACUGCACUGCCUGGAGAAAACCACUGCACAUGAGUUUGUGGACGAGCAGUUGUUCGAGCAGAAUUGUGUUGAAGGAGCACCGCCACUGCAGAACUUUCCUUCUCACAGCCCCUCCAUCUCGAGCAACGAGGGCUUCACAGGAACCUGCUGUACUCGCCGCUCACGAAAAAGACUCGCACUUCCUAAUGCCAGCCUGUCCACUACGCACACGCACACACACACGCAGGACCUGCAAGAGCUCAGCGCCAUUCACAUCCAAUGUGGAGAUCAGAUAAGCCUCGGCCCAAGCUGUCGCUCCAGUCUCAACCUGAAACCCAAUGAGCGAGCGCAGAUAAACUGCAGAGGGCAGCAUAUCACCGCUGCCAUCAUUAGUUUGCCAUCACCGAGCUCGUUCAGCUCUGCCCCAACUACCACCUCGUCCAUCGCCCCCACCAUCAACACCACCUCCAGCGUUGUGAAGGUCUCGGCCCUGUGAAUAAAAAGGAGGAACCGCAGGAGAACAGAGCAAGCAGAGCUGUGGGCCUCGAGCUGACCACGUCUAGUGGACCCACUGUGGUAUUUAUUUUUUUAUUACAAAAAAAAGGAAAAGGAAAAGGUUCGAGGACUGUAGUUAGUUAGAAGACACUGUGUACUGUCAGAAGACAACACCCAGACCAGAUUUCUGGAUUGGUUUCCGGAUUUUGGUGUUCUUCUGCCCUAGGAUUUGUAAUGUAGGACUGAGGUGUUCAAGAAGGAGGUUAGAAGAUGGUUUGAAGAUGCGACGGUAUCAGUUAGUGUAAAACGCGUUACUUGUCAGUUUGAUUGUGGGUCACCCAUUACGGUAGGAGAAAUCUAAGUGGUAUUCAUGUUGUGUGGGAAUUUAUUUAGUCAGAAUGUAUGGUUGUGUAAAAUGGCCAAGAUCAUAUCACACUGGUUUGUUUAGUUUCUAUUCACAAAGCCAAAUGAGGAAAGGAGUCAGACAUACUCAUCUAUUUUAGGGGGAAAAAAAUUCUCUUUGAAUAGAAAAUACAGUUUAGACUCGUCAAUGGUGUGUCUUUAUGUCUUUCUUGCGUCACAUUUUCUUCUCACUAAUAGUUUAUCUCUACUUUUAUCUUUCUCUUUCUCUGUCUAGCUUGUAUCUCCUUAUUCUUCUCAUAAUGUCUGUUUAAUGUCGUCAUUUAGUCAACACUCAAUAGACUUUGCUCUACAGCAAUCUCAGUUGAACAGUGGUUACGAACCUCGCAGCAUUCCAUAUUCAUGCCAGUAAUAAAGUAAACGGCUGGUUAGAAGCUCAGAGAUUGUCAUCGCCAUGUCCAAUGUGAAUGUCUUUGUCUGUGUGUCGUGACUGUUUAGGUGACUAGUGAUUGAAACUAAGGGAGAAACGAAAGACAUUUUUACUCAGAGGCCACUCGAGCCCUUAAACAGGCACAACAGCAACGUUUGUAAUAAAAAUGACUUAAAAAUGUUUUUAAAAAGACUGAAUCUUUUCUUUUGGAUUUGGAAUUUUGCAACGUUUACCUGAAACCUUUGUCAUAUUCCUGCCAUUCAAUUAUACGUAUAUUAUAAUAAAACAUCACUCAUAUUAUAUUG